GGGCUGUCAGGCAAAUCCCGUCCCGAUCCCGUCCGGUCGAGCCGACAUGGACCGGAUACUGAACCAGAUCCUCGACGCGUGCGGUCUGGCCGACGAACUCGACCGCUCCCUCCGCAACUCCGCUGGCGCCGCAGACCUUGGCUAUCUCCUUGCCUCCUGCGAGGACGCCGCCGCCGCCUUCCAAAGGGCCACCGCCGAGCUGCGCGACCUCAUGACCGAGCCUUCCGCCGCCGUGCCGGCGGUGGGGGAGUUGGCGUUGGAGUGUGGAGCGCUGCCGUUACGGACGGGCGACGCCGGGUCGUCGUCGCGGAAGAGGAAAGAGGGGACUAGAACGCUAAUAGUGCCGGCGACGAGAACUGGGAACCCGGACAACCCACCGGACGAUGGGUACACGUGGCGGAAGUACGGCCAAAAGGACAUCCUCAAUUCGAGAUUUCCUAGGAGUUACUACCGUUGCACGCACAAGAGUUUCCACGGUUGCCCAGCAAAGAAGCAAGUGCAGCGACUCCACAACGAUCCCUCCGUCUUCGAAGUCACCUACCGCGGCACGCACACGUGUCAAUCAUCCCCCACCCCGCUCCUCAUGACGGCCGACAUAGGCGGGGAUGGCCCUUCGGCGACGGCGCCCCUUCUGCAUCUCGAAGUCAUGCAGCCCGCGGUGGCGGGGGGUCAAGUCCCUGACUGGCCGGGGAGGACCCGUAGCCUCCUCGGCGAUGGCCGGCAGGGCGGAGGCAGAGACACCGACGUGUCGGUGGCGGAGCUCGCCGACGCCAUGUUCAAUUCCGGCAGCAGCAGCGGUGGCAUGGACGUCAUCUUUACGGCGAGGCUGAAUUAACUAAUGAUGAAAGUUUUAGGAGUUAAUCAAUUAUAAUUUUGGUUCCAAUUAAUAUUUUCAAAAUAAUCUAUCUCCAUUUCGUUGGCAAUGGAGGACAGAUUUGCAAAUACUGAAAGUGUAAGGGUAAAACAAGAAAUUGCAGAAAUUUAAAUUGUUAAUUCCUUUUCGCGCCUA